AUGCCUGGCGCGCCACGGAGAUGGCCGGCGAUCAAGUGGAUCUACCGGGUGGUGUAUACGUGGGAGGACAGACUCGGACAGAUGAUUGGGAGUGCAACCCCUCCUAUGGACUACUCACUGAGUACUGAUACGACGGUGUGUGAGGAGAUCAGUGAAUUGCCACUAGUAUACUACUACUACUACUACUACUACUACUACUACUACUACUACUACUACUACUACUACUACUACUACUACUACUACUACUACUACUACUACUACUACUACUACUACUACUACUACUACUACUACUACUACUACUACUACUACUACUACUACUACUACUACUACUCCUCAUGUAAGCUAGCUUACUACAUACUCGACCCACCCGACCAGGUUUGUUUGGAACCGACGAACCAAGGCCCUGGUUAA